AUGAAAACAGGAAAAGAUGUGACGGAUGCGUUUGCAAAAAAUACUCAAAGGAAGCCAAAGGAAGGAAACCUCAGACGUUACAGACAGAUGCAGGCAAAGAAUUUUACAAUCAGACCUUUCAAUCAUUGAUGAAAACACAGGAGAUUCAUCACUUUUCUACUCAUGGAGAUGCCAAAGCCAGUAUCGUCGAACGAUUUAAUAGAACCCUUAAAUAGAAAUUGUAUCGCUAUUUCACGGCUGCCAACACACUCAAAUAUGUAGACAUAUUGCCCAAACUUGUCAAUCAAUACAAUCGCACCUAUCACAGGAGUAUUAAAACAACACCAGCUAAAGUCACCACAUUCAAUGCCAAAGAAGUGUGGAACAAUUUGUAUGGGAAAUAUCAGACUAAGAAAGAAAAAAAGCCUGCAUUUAAAGUAGGCGAUAAAGUCCGAUUGAAUAAAAAAUUUAGACCGUUUAAGAAAGGGUAUCUACCAGGAUGGACGGAAGAAGUGUUUCAAGUUCGUAAAGUCGUACCCGGAAUGGUAACGACCUAUAAAGUGCAAGAAUUGGAUGACACGCCCUUACAAGGCACAUUUUAUGUGUGGGAUUUGCAAAAAGUACAUGUAGAUGAAGCGACUUAUUUUCGAGUGGAAAAAGUAUUAAAGAGACAAAAGGAUAAAUUGUUUGUCAAGUGGAAAGGGUACCCUAGCAAAUAUAACAGUUGGAUUAAUAAAAAAUAUUUAAAGUGAAUUGUGUGUUUGUGGUGAUCGCAUCAUGAGAGGAGGAAGUUUGAGACGCUUUAAAGUGUAUGUGCCAAAUGAACAAGGAGGAGGUGGUCUCAUGCGCUGGCAGACCUCCUCACCUUAUGCCCCACCACCUUUUAUCGGAUCCUGGGGUGAUCCUCAAAUAGGUGCCGGAGUCAAAGACAUGGCUAAAGAUUUUUUGAAAGGUGUAACAGGAGGCCUUAAAAGCAGUGUCAAAAAGCGUUCGUUAUCAGAAGUGCCGCGAGGUAUAAAGAGAGGGGCUUCCCAAGCGCUCAAGAACGAAUUGAAGAGAAAAGUUGCCAAGAGGUUGAACGAUAUUUUUGGAGAAUAAAACAUGGUCCGCAUCAGCACCGUACGUCAAAGUGAUCCUAUCAUUGGUGUAGGCACAACAUCACUGACAGAUCCUGUGUCUUCCAUCUUAAAAAGGUAUAAAGGAAAAGAAGAAAACAACAGCAACGAGGAGGAUUUCUCACAAGUCGUAUAAAGAAAAUAGGAACACGACAACGUGUGCAUAAACGCAGAAGACGUUGAAACAGACACAUCACCAUGUCUAUCAAAGGGCAGAGCAGAAUUCAAGUCUAGAUCUCUUUAGAAUACCACCUACAGAUCUUUCUACGGUAAAGUACCGAUAUGUCAAAAUACCACCUCAGACAUCUAGUAUUACUCCUAUCCAAGUGUACGUGGAACGACAAUCAGAUCUCAUCGAUCUUUCGAGAAGUUUUGUCCAACUGGAUUUGGGUUUCAAAACCACAGAAAAUGCCAGUCUCACAGCACGCGCAAACAAUGUGGGUGUGAUGACUUCACCAGCCAACAAUAUUGCACACACCCUCUUCAAGCAAAUCAAUUUCAGAGCCAAUGGUACCUUACUCACCGAACAAGUAGACAUGUACCAUCUUAAAGCUUUCAUACAGACGAUCCUUAAUUAUGACAGGAAUGAUGGAGAGACGAUACUCGAACCAGCUGGAUGGCGGAACGAAAUUGAUUCUCCUGUAACCUACACCGCUGCAAAUGUCAAGAUGGAUGAUGACGCGUAUACAGCUCUUUCCAUAAAUCAUCAAGAAAGCAUCAAGAGACAGAGGGCAGAUGCAACAGAAUACUAUGCAGGAGGAAAGAGGAGAAUCUUGAGAAUGAAACCGUUUAUAGACGCGUUUCACCAAGGAAAAUGGAUCGUCCCCAAAACUCUUUUGGAAUUGGAAUUUUAUCUGAAUCCAGCAGCUUUAUUCAUGAAUGGAGAAGCCAAUCCACCCAGUGAGGAAGUCCGAGUCAACCCAGAGGAUAUUAAACUUACCUUCUUUCUAUGUCUGGUGUCCCUAAAUCCAGCCGUCUACAUGAGCAUGAUGAGUAUGAUGACCAAAACCCCAACCAAGUAUCCCAUGAUCCGUACCGAGAUGAGACAGUUUCCCUUAGACAAUGGGGCCACUUCUAAAGAAAUCAACAACCCAUUCAAUGGAAAGGUGCCCCAAAAAGAGUCAUCAUUGGUAUUCUGA